AUGCUCAAGAAACUUUAUGUAAGCAUUCCCUUCACAGAGGUACUCAUUCAGAUGCCCGCUUAUGCUAAGUUUUUGAAGGAAAUUCUAUCUAGCAUGAGAAAAUUAGAGAAAAUGAUAGUGGUCAAGCUAAAUUCCCACUGUAGUGCGAUAUUGCAAAACAAAAUUCCCCAAAAGUGCGAGAAUCCUGGAAACUUAACCAUACCAUGCUCGUUAGGGAGUGAAAAGUUUGACAAGGCCCUCUGUGAUUCUAGGGCAUCUAUAAGUCUAAUGCCUUUAUCUGUAUUCAGGAAACUAGAAGGUGAGCUUGGAGUGAUCAAAUCUGUACCAGUAUCCCUACAACUGGCCAACCAAACCACUAUUCUACCUGAGGGAAUCAUUGAAGAUAUUCUAGUACGGGUGGACAAGUUUGUGUUCCCCGUAGACUUUAUUGUGGUGGAUAUGGAGGUGAACAAGGAGGUGCCUCUUAUUCUGGGGAGGCCAUUUUUAUGUACAGGAAGAGCUAUCCUUGAUAUCUAUAAGGGCCAGCUUAUGCUCAGAGUGGGCAAUGAAAAAGUGGUGUUUCAGAUAAAGAGGAUAAUGAAAUACCCCAGCGAUGAGGUGUCCGCCUACUUAUGUUUCAAGCUAGAUAUUGUAAGGGAAUUGGCUGAAAAAUACAAGUUAGACAAGCUUGUGGGACACACUUUGGAGAAGUGUAUUACUCAGUCUAGCACAGUGGAGGAUGAAGAUCCUGAAAUAAAGAAAGAGGCUAAAGCUCUUGAAACUGAAAAUCAAGUGGUUAAUGAGGAGGAACUAAAAGAGGAGGCUUCUAAGCCUAAUGUGGAAUUGAAAGUCCUACCCACUCACUUGAAAUAUGCCUUUCUUGAAACUAACAAUUUUCCCAUGAUUGUUUCUUCAGACUUGACAGGUACACAUGAGCAAAAGCUGGUGGAGCUGCUGAAAAAGCAUAAGAAGGCCAUUGACUGGGACAUAGCUGAUAUUCAAGGAAUCAAUCCAGCCAUUUGCAUGCACAAAAUCUUGUUGGAAGAAAAUAGCAAGCCAGUGGUGCAGUCCAACUCCAGUGCAAGUUGUACUGAAGAAGGGAGCAUAACAAUGGUGAAACAUGAAGACAAUGAGUUAAUCCCCACAAGAACAGUCACUGGAUGGAGAAUGUGCAUCGACUAUAGAAGGCUGAAUGAUGCAAUAAGGAAAGACCACUUCCCACUCCCUUUUAUCAAUCAAAUGCUUGAGAAGGUGGCUGGACACGGAUGGUACUUCUUCCUGGAUUUGUAUUCAGGCUACAAUCGGAUACCCAUUGCCCAGAAGAUGUUGAGAAAACCACAUUCACUUGCCCAUCAGAGGUGCAUGAUGUCUAUAUUCUCCAAUUUAAACGGGAAGUGUCUAGAGGUGUUCAUGGAUGAUUUCACCCUUUUUGGUUAUGACUUUGAGGAUUGCUUGAUGAAUUUGAAGCUCGUGCUUGAACGUUGUGAAGCCAUUCACUGGCUCCCUCUCCCGACUUCGGUAAAGAGCAUAAGAAGCUUCUUGGGACAUGCUGGGUUCUAUAAGAGGUUCAUCAACAACUUUUUCAGCAUUACCAAGCCGUUAACAACAUUACUAGCGAAAGAUGCCAAGUUUAUUUUCAAUGUGGAGUGCUUAAGAGCAUUCGAAUUGAUAAAGGAAAAGGUUUUUAGUGCUCCUAUUAUGGUGACACCUGAUUGGAGCCAGCCAUUUGAGAUGAUGUGUGAUGCUAGUGAUGUAGGUGUGGGAGCAAUUCUAGGGCAACGAAAAGAUAAAAUAUUUGGGCCCAUCUACUAUGCAAGCAGGACAUUGAAUGAUGCUCAAGUAAAUUAUGCCACUACUGAGAAAGAGUUUUUUGAUGUGGUCUUUUCUUUUGACAAGUUUAGAUCAUACCUUGUGGGAAGUAAGGUGAUUGUACACACUGAUCAUUCAGCGUUGAAAUACAAGUUGAGUAAGAAGGAAUCCAAGCUGCGUCUGAUGCGGUGGGUGUUGUUGAUCCAAGAGUUUCACUUGGAGAUAAAAGACAGGAAGGGCACAAAAAAUCAAGUCGAAGAUCAUCUAUCUCGACUUGAGAAACCUCCAGUUGAAAUAGUCGGAAUAAGGGAAGAGUUCGCUGAUGAACAGAUUUUCUCCACAGUCGCGGUCUCCGAAUGGCCGCCUUGGUAUGUGGAUAUAGCCAACUUUUUGGCUAGUGGAUGGUUGCCCCAUGACCUCACUCAUGAUCAAAGACGGAAGCUUCAAAGUGAGGUAAAAAGUUAUUUUUGGGAUGACCCUUUCUUGUUUAAAUUGUGUGCAGAUAGUGUGAUUCGAAGAUGUGUUCCUGAAGGAGAAAUGGCAAGCAUUCUGUCUCAUUGCCAUGAUGGAGUAGCUAGAGGACACUAUGGUGGAAAUCGAACUGCAGCAAAGGUCAUGGAAGCCGAUUUCUUUUGGACUACUCUUUACAGAGAUGCAGGGCGUGACCACAGGUUGGGGCAGAUGAAUGAAUUUGAAGAGUUCAGAUUAGACACGUAUGAAAGUGUGUGGAUCUUCAAGGAAAAGACUAAAAGGUGGCAUGAUCGUUUGAUUAAGCCAAAGGAGUUUCAUGAAGGAGACAGAGUCCUACUGUGCAAUAGUAGACUCCGAUUAUUUCCCAGAAAAUUCAAGUCUAGAUCGACAGGACCAUAUGUGGUGAAACAUGUAUCACCAUAUGGGGCAAUUGAGAUCCAGAACCAAGACGGAACAGAAAGCUUCAACGUAAAUGGGCACAUAUUAAAACCGUAUCUCAUUGGGGGAUCUGCACAGCAAUCCUCGAGCAUCAAAAUCAAUUGA